AUGGUCAAGAUCACCAGCUUUAUCACGCGGGACGUGAGGUUUCCGACCUCCCUCGACAAGACUGGCUCAGAUGCCAUGAACGCAGCCGGUGACUACUCCUCCGCAUACUGCAUUCUCUACACCGACUCGGAAUACGAGGGACAUGGCAUGACAUUCACCAUUGGUCGCGGAAACGACAUCGUCUGCGCCGCCAUCAGCAUCGUCGCUCCUCUCGUCGUCGGAAAAGACCUCGACGAGUUGACGGCCGACUGGGGCAAGACGUGGCGCUACCUCGUCUCCGAUAGCCAGCUGCGCUGGAUCGGACCGGAGAAGGGUGUCAUCCAUCUCGCGCUGGGAGCUGUUGUCAACGCGCUCUGGGACCUGUGGGCCAAGAUCCUCCGCAAGCCCGUCUGGCGGAUCAUCGCCGACAUGACGCCCGAAGAGGUGGUCCGGUGCAUCGAUUUCCGAUACAUCACGGAUGCUCUGACCCCAGAGGAGGCCAUCGCGCUGCUGAAGGAGGUCGAGCCCGGCAAGCAGGACAGAAUCAAAGAGGCGGAGCAGAACAAGGCGGUUCCGGCAUACACCACGAGCGCAGGGUGGCUCGGUUAUUCCGAGGAGAAAUUACGGGCGCUCCUCGACCAGAGUGUCAAGAAUGGGUUUAAACAUUUCAAACUGAAGGUCGGAGGGAAUCUGGAGGACGACAAGAGACGGCUGGCCAUUGCCCGGGAGGUGAUCGGUUACGACAAGGGCAAUGUCUUGAUGGUGGAUGCAAAUCAGGUCUGGUCUGUCCCUGAAGCCAUUGCCUGGAUGAAAGAACUCGCUCAAUUCAAGCCCUGGUUCAUCGAGGAGCCCACGUCUCCGGACGACGUGCUGGGCCACGCGGCGAUCCGCAAGGCUCUUGAGAACACGCCUCACGGCACCAUCGGCGUGGCCACGGUUCCUGCAGGCGGUGCCUUGACGGUGCUGCAGCCGGAUGCAUGCCGGGUGGGAGGCGUGAACGAAUGCCUGGCGAUCUUACUGCUGGCGCGCAAGUUCGGGGUUCCGAUCGUUCCCCAUUCGGGUGGUGUCGGGCUGCCGGAAUACACGCAGCAUCUGAGCACGAUCGACUAUGUCGUGAUCAGCGGGAAGAAGAGUCUGCUGGAGUAUGUGGACCACCUGCACGAGCACUUUGAACACCCAGCCAGCGUGAAGGAUGGAUAUAUCGUCACGCCCACGGAGCCGGGAUACAGCGUGCAGAUGAAGCCGGAGAGUAUGGACCGGUAUUCGUUCCCGGGCGAGGAGGGCAAGAGCUGGUGGAGGACGCAGGAGGCGAGGGCGAUCUUGGACGGACCGCGAAUUUAG